GUCAAUCCCGCGCGUUCAGCAGGGGGCGAGUGGGGAGCAGGAGCUAAGUCCGCCUGUUGGAGGCCACCCUGGCGCGCCUCGCUCUCAGGUGCGACUUCCUAGUUCGUACGCAGAGGGGGCAGGGCACUUUCUGCCUGGCUGGCUGGCCGGUUUACUCCUGCAGCCUCCAAUUGGUCGGCUAGCAGAGCAUCCCAAUCACUUCCCGGUCACGCUGCGUCCGCGUUCCCGUUGUGCAUCCCACGAACUACGCGUCCCGUGCGGCUGUGCGGCAGCGGAAGCGGAAGCGGGUACGGAGGUACCAGCUGGUCUCCGGAGGGGGAUAGGGGGCUCCAUGAAUGGAAGCGGCGGCGGCGGCGGGAGCGACCUGAGCUUGGCUCCGGGUCCAGGGCCGGGGGCUGCCCAGGACCCGCACUGGUGUAUGGGGGCGGCUCCUGGACCCUGAGAGCGAGGGCCGGCGACUGGGCCGAACUGGGAGGGGCGGGGCCGGGCGGCCUCGGGCCGGAGGCGCGUCGGGCUGGAGCCGGUCACGAUGCCCCGGAGGAAGCAAAGCCACCCGCAGCCCGUGAAAUGCGAGGGGGUCAAAGUGGAUACUGAAGAUUCCUUCGACGAAGGACCUGGGACCCUGGUGUUGGAGAGUGAUUUGCUGCUAGGCCAAGACCUGGAGUUUGAGGAGGAAGAGGAAGAGGAGGAGGGUGACGGCCACAACGACCAGCUCAUGGGUUUUGAGAGAGACUCCGAAGGAGACUCUCAGGGGGCCAGACCUGGACUUCCCUAUGGGCUGAGUGACGACGAGUCUGGGGGCGGCCGGGCACUAAGUGCGGAGAGUGAAGUUGAGGAACCAGCAAGGGGUCCAGGGGAGGCCAGGGGUGAGAGGCCAGGCCCAGCCUGCCAGCUGUGUGGGGGGCCGACAGGUGAGGGGCCGUGUUGUGGGGCAGGAGGGCCGGGUGGGGGGCCCCCGCUGCCCCCACGGCUUCUGUACUCGUGCCGCCUCUGCGCCUUCGUGUCCCACUACUCAAGCCACCUGAAGCGGCACAUGCAGACACACAGCGGGGAGAAGCCGUUCCGCUGUGGUCGCUGCCCCUACGCCUCAGCCCAGCUCGUCAACCUGACACGACAUACCCGCACCCAUACUGGCGAGAAGCCCUACCGCUGUCCCCACUGCCCCUUUGCCUGCAGCAGCCUGGGCAACCUGAGGCGGCAUCAGCGCACCCAUACAGGGCCUCCCACUCCUCCCUGCCCGACCUGUGGCUUCCGAUGCUGUGCUCCACGACCAACCAGGCCUCCCAGCCCCACAGAGCAGGAGGGGACAAUGCCCCGGCGAUCGGAAGAUGCUCUGCUCCUUCCAGACUUGAACCUCCAUGUGCCACCAGGUGGUACCAGCUACCUGCCAGACUGUGGGCAGCUACGGGGUGAAGGGGAGGGUUUGUGUGGAACUGGAUCGGAACCAUUGCCAGAGCUGCUGUUCCCUUGGACCUGCCGGGGUUGUGGACAAGAACUGGAGGAGGGUGAGGGCAGCCGGUUGGGAACUGCCAUGUGUGGGCGCUGCAUGCGAGGAGAAGCUGGAGGGGGUGCCAGUGGGGGACCUCAGGGCCCCAGUGACAAAGGCUUCGCCUGUAGUCUCUGCCCCUUCGCCACUCACUAUCCCAACCACCUGGCUCGGCACAUGAAGACUCACAGUGGUGAGAAACCCUUCCGCUGUGCCCGCUGUCCCUAUGCCUCUGCUCAUCUGGAUAAUCUGAAACGGCACCAGCGUGUCCACACAGGAGAGAAGCCCUACAAGUGCCCCCUCUGUCCGUACGCCUGUGGAAACCUGGCCAACCUCAAACGUCAUGGUCGCAUCCACUCUGGUGACAAACCUUUUCGGUGUAGCCUCUGCAACUACAGCUGCAACCAGAGUAUGAACCUCAAACGUCAUAUGCUGCGCCAUACGGGCGAGAAGCCCUUCCGCUGUGCCACCUGCGCCUACACCACAGGCCACUGGGACAACUACAAGCGCCAUCAGAAAGUGCAUGGCCAUGGUGGGGCAGGAGGACCUGGUCUUUCUGCCCCCGAGGGCUGGGCCCCACCUCAUAGCCCACCCUCUGUUAUGAGCACUCGGGGGCCAGCAGCCCUGGGUGCUACUGGUAGCAGGGCUCUCCAUACAGACUCACCUUGAACUAGGUUCUUUUACCUGUUUUACCUGGGGUCCUAGGAAUUAGCCCUGCCUCUCCUGCAUUUUAUACAAAUGGACUAGAAACCACCUUCCCCUUCCUCCCCCGCUGGCCAGGGGCUCCAUACAGACUAACCUAGGCACUAUAUGGACCAGCCUCAAUCAAAUGGGCAGGGGGCCAUAUGGACCAGGGGGCCUGGUCUUGGCUCAUGUACUUAAUUUAAUGAGCUCAGUGAUUAGGACCUUGGAUUCACCGUCACUGUUCCCAGGGGCCAUGGAUGAACUGGUUGGGGACUGCCCAGCCUCUCACCUGUUUUAACUUAUUUCAGUGCUUUAUAAUAAAGGAAACACUAACAAAGCCAUGUCUAUGCUGAAUUGGCAAUAGCACACAGGCCUUACCCUUAGUGAGAGGGAACCAGAGGUAGGCAGCAGUCAGGCUGAGUUUAAUGAUGGGGAGUUGGUCAGACCAUUCACAGACCUCUGCCCACCCCUUUGCCCAUGGCCUGGCCCUAAAAAGCCAGAGACAGCCCAUGGAGGAGCACUAGCUCCUCCCCAAGGCAAGCAGUCCUGGUCCCUUGGACUUUGUGCAAAAUACUAAAUGCUAAUUUGGCAUCAAGAGCCAGCUCUGAAAAAGAGUGAUCUUUUGUGUAGCCAGCCCAGGAAAAGGAAGGUAGGUUAGGAGGCCCCUGGCCAAAAGGAAAAAAAAAGUAGGAAGGGAGUAGGAAAAGACUCCCUAACUUGGGAGCAUAGGCACAGGGCAGGUUUGUGUAAAUUUCCUCUGGGGUAGAGGGCAGACAUCCAGGCAGCUGAGAUUACAGAUCCUCAUCUCCAAUGCCCUCGAAGGCGAAAUUGCCAUGGAUGGCACUGGCACUGGCAUCUGUGCUGGGACUGCCAAUUCCCCGCAAGCUCACGGCACUCAGCUUACUCUGUAACAGAGGUGGGAGGAGGGUCAGAGGGCAGCAGCCUGUGAGCCCCUUGUAGUCAACCUCACCAACCCAGUAACUCACUGAGAGUUUGACCAUGGAUUCCCGGCUGGCAUCUGGUGACUCCUGGGAAAAAGGAGGCAGAUCAGUUAGAUUUAGGAACAGGGAUGGCAAGGCAGAGCUAGGAGCCAAAGCACUGAUGGACAUUAACUUACAAGCAAUGGUGGAGACUUCACUGCUUGCUGGCUGUCUGAACGUUUCAGGGUACCCCCCACUCGCCGACGCAGCAUCUAAGGACAGAUCCAAAAUGCUGCUAAAAGGCAGAAACCUCAGAGCCCAGUCUCUUCCCCUUCCUCCCAAGAGAAACCUUAUUCCUAGAACACAACAGGAGAGCACGGCCACACAGCUGCUUGGUCUCUGGUGCCAUUUACCUUCCUGAUACUGCCCCCGGACUUCUUCACCAUCAGCUCGUCCACCAUAGACUGCAAGCAGAUGCUCAUCAUAAUAGCCUGAGGGGAAGAAACUCAGUCUGAUUAAAGACACUAUCCCUAGCCAGAUCUCCUAACAAGGACUCCCACUCACAUGGAAUCCUGGAAGCCUAGACUUGGGGACCUAUGGGCUCACACCUGUGGGCUGGUGAUGGUGACCCACUGUAGCCGGUCCUUGCUCAUGAGGUAUUCGAAAGCCAGUUCCAGGCGCACCUCACCCCGACCCCGGCUUGGACUGCUCGUGCUUCCACUGGGGAGUGGCACCUAAAAGAGGAACAGGACUUGGGCUGAUUUCAUUGUGGCCAAGUUGUGGACCUCUGCAGCCUGGGAUCGCAAGGCUUGCCAUGUCCCAUCUCAGAAGGCCAUCCCUCUCAUCCCAAGUCACAGAAGAAAGUCAGGUGUGCUAAUCCUAAGCCUUGGAAAGCUGAGGCAGGAGGAUCAUGAGUUCAAGAAUAACUGGGCUACAUAGUUCCAGGUCAGUAAUAGGGACAUAACUAGAAGUUGUCUCAAAAACAGAAACAAAACUCAACUCACAGAGGAGGUGACCCGCCAGCAUCGCAUGCGGGUAACCCGGAAAGAGCCUUCACGGAGUUGCGGGCCAGGCAGUCGCAGUUGGAGACUGAGCUCACUGUUGCCUGCGCUGACCACCACAGGGCAGUCCUUCUCUGGAAAGUCAGCCACACAGGCAUCAAAGCGCAGGUAGCCAUAGUGCCGCAGGGUUUGGGCCAGUCGUAAGAACUGAAAGAUGGUCACCGAGUAUGCUUAGUCACGAUGGGGUAGCGCAGACUUGGCUAUGCAAGGAGACAGGGCAAAAAACUCACCUCCUUCUUGGAGACUUUGUCUUGCAGAGAUUUGAGCUGCCGGUGCUGCUCUUUGGUGACCAGGAUCCACCCAUGCUCAAUAUCGGACACCGUCUACAUACAGCGGAGACAAUGAGCGAGGCUGGGGCUUCAAUACAGUGAUCAAAAUGAGCUGAGAAGCACCUGUGUGAGACCCUGAUUUUAUUAGUUCAGAGAGGCAGAGUGUGCUAGGAGCUCUGAUUGUGUUCUACGAACUUCCCUGUGAACGGGGGCCAGAGACAUGCGUUUUCUUGGGAAAAUGGAGUACCAUAGUCAUUUCGGGGCAAGGGUUCUGACGCAGCUCUAAGCUCACCUGAGCAUAAAGCAGGUUCAGGCCAACCCGGUUCUCCAUGACAUCAUCGUCAUAGGCAGAGUCCCAGUAACUGUGAGGCCAAGGGGUGGAAAUGAGUAAGGGGGUAAAGGCAAAGGUAGGAUGGAAAUGGGCAAACAGAAGUAAUUGCAACUAUGGGCUAAUUAAUUGUGGUACACUGGAAGGAGGGUGGGAGGUGUGGGUAAAACAUCCAGCAUUGCUCCCUCGGCCAGAUGAAGCCCCCUCAGCAUGUGGCCAGGCCCUGACCUCUUUCUGAGCACAAUCUUGUACUCGUGACUCCGAAGACUGGUGACAGAUACAUAAGGCAGCUCAAACUCCUGCAGCUUCCGUACAA